GUGAGAUCCCGCCCGCGCGCCGGGAGGAAGGCGGAAGAAGGGUGCGCAGUGGGCCAGCGAAGGUGGACUGCAGUCCCCAGCUCAAGGAGGCCGAGCGCCCUCUGCGCUCAGUGAGAACCUCCAGAUGCCCACGCUGAAGCAGCCCGGCCCCGCGCAGCCCAAGAAGCGCAGCCCCCGGCGCCCACUAUCUUGGACGUACUGGACGGCGGGGACGCCACGAAGCCGCCCGACCCCGACGCAGAACUGCGCGAGGACGCCCCCGAGAACCCCCACCCCGACGCAGAGCUGCGGGAGGACGGCCCCGAGGACCCCCACCCCGACGCAGACGCCCCCGAGGACCCCCACCCCGACGCAGACGCCCCCGAGGACCCCCACCCCGACGCAGAGCUGCGCGAGGACGCCCCCGAGAACCCCCACCCCGACGCAGAGCUGCGGGAGGACGGCCCCGAGGACCCCCACCCCGACGCAGAACUGCGCGAGGACGCCCCCGAGGACCCCCACCCCGACGCAGAGCUGUGGGAGGAGGAAGCCGACCCCAAGGACUCCAAGGCCAGGACGCAGCCCUUACGGGGGUGCCCCGCUGGAGCCCGGCCUGCAAGGAGGGUAGAGCUGGUAGAGGCCGGCGGAGCCGCCCGGGGAUCGUGCCUGCCCCCUCUAGAGGUGGAAGCCGACUGGGGUCCGGGGGCCUGGGCCCAGGACAGAAGGGCCCCGCGCCAGCCGCGCCCCACGCACUUCGUGGCGCUCGCGGUGACGGAGCCCAGCCUUCGGGCAGAAGUGGCCAAGGCCCAGGCGCGCCUGGCGCUCGAGGCCCCGACCUGCACCGCGUUCCUGGUGCCCCCGGCGGCCCUGCACCUGACGCUGGCCCUGCUGCGCCUGGCGGGCCCUGGGGAGGAGGCGGCGGCCGCCGCUGCGCUGAGACGCGCCCUCCCAGACCCGACGCUCGGGGCACCCCGACAGCUGCGCUUCCAGGACCUUGUACUCCUGGGCCCCCACGUGCUCUGCGCCCCACCGACACCCACUCUGGCAGGCGUGGCCCAGCAGCUGGGCCGAAGGCUGGAGGCCGAGGGGCUGGAGGUGCUGCAGCCGCCCGGUGGGCUGCACCCCCACCUCACGCUGGCCAAGGUGCCCCGUGGCUCCCAAGUCCGCCUCCCAGAGCCAGCGUUCUGCCUGGACGAGGAGCUGGGGACCCAGCCUCUGGGAAGCCUCUGGCUGUGCCGCGUGGGGAGGGCCGGGGACACCUACAGGCGCCUGGCCGAGAUCCCCUGGGGGCGGGCACAGUCUCUAGGCGGCUCCCUCACCCCAAACACUGAGGCCCCAGAGGGCUCGGCAACAAGAGUCUGUGAAGAGGCCGAAGAGGCGCUGGGCGCGGGCUGGCUGGCGGGCUGGCACCCGAUGCGGGUGGGCGCAGGUGGACGGCCCGUCUUCAUCCCGCAGAAGGGCCCAGGCACAGGAGGGGCCAGCACGCCGGGUCGGUGCCGCAGUAGGAGCUCGAGAGAGAGAGAGAGAAAACACUGA